UUCUUAUUCAACGAACCCUUCCUCGCUCCGUGCGCCUUUCAAUUAAUGCGGAAUGUCCUCUGUUGAAACGUUUGAAUCCACGCUCAAAGAUGUGGUGCAGGCCAAAAGGCUCUCUGCGUCAAAAAUGACGACGCUGACCGAUAUCGCUUUGAAGAGCAUGCAGCACGACAUGCAGCUCGUAUCUAUCCUGUUUCGCACGCACAAGUCGUUGUCCCCGUCGGCCAAAAUCUCUAGUCUAUACGUUUUUGACGCACUGUCGCGCGCCGCCAGAAACCAGGCCAAUAAGCAGGGCCUUAAGGGCGACCUCAACGCGGCUGAAGGGAAUUGCGCCACGUUUCUACUGAAGGUUGAGGGUAUCCUGGAUAGCCUGUACCAGGAUCUCGUUUCGUCUGGAAGCGCAGAAUUGAAGGAAAAGGCCAAGAAGAUACUUGAUAUCUGGAUCAAGUCGAAUACAUUUCCGUCCGCUGUACUAGGACGUCUGUCGCAGAUACUGAAAGGAGCAGUGGAAAAAGAACGCGACAAAGUAAUUUCUGCCCCGACCGCAGACCCGCGAACCCAGACCACGCCUCCAUCCACCACGCCGCCACAACCGCCACCCGCUCUACAACCCGACGUGAAAGACGUACAGAGUACUCUUCUGGCUUUGCUCAGUCAGGCCGCAAACGCCGUGUCGAGCACCGGCAUUGGCCAAACAAUCGCAAAUACAGCCGCUUCCACGACUGUAGUACCUGCGCUAGAUGCAAAUCAGCUAGCGCUGUUUCAACAGCUCACGCAGACAGCUAAGUUGGGGAACGGAGUUCCUACGCAGCCCAUUGCAGUACCCGUGUCAUUAGUCCCAUCCACAUCUUCAACAAGUGCUGUUCCUGUAGUGCCUCCUGAUCGAGGUCCUCUGGGGACUCCGCCUUAUCAUGAUCAGUAUGGUCCCGCUCGUAGAGAUGCAACGCAUGACAGAUUUGGCGCACCAGAGCGCGCCAGAGACCGCGAUGAUUACUACGAUGACUAUCGCGACUUCAGAGGUGGUCCCAGGGGCAGCUUUCGAGGUCGUGGCCGUGGCCGCGGUAGGUGGGAUGACCGCGAGCGGUUUAACGACCGGAGUCGAGAUCGGGAGUGGAACUCUCUUACAAGAGGGAGAACCAGCCGAUCUCGGAGCCCACCAGGUAGAUACAAUGGAAGCAGGGAUCCCAGACCAUACAGCCCGCCUCGCCGGCCCUCUUUUUCUCAGAGUAUCAAGGAUCUGACAGCGAUGAAUAUCGUCGAGCCACCACGUGCACCUGAUGCAAGCAAAGACGAGUUUGGACGCGAUAUUCGAAGCGGAUCACCAGCAUCUGCCGUAACAGGAGCUGCGCCCUUGAACCAAGGAACGAGCAUUCAAUCACUGUUGCCUGCCGCCACGUCAUCCAUACUUCCUACCGCAAAACAGCAGCCCAUACCGACUCCAGCGUCUGAUGCUCCGACACGAGCCGAUGGAGAUCCAUCAUCGCACUCACCACCGAACGUACGAGGAGAAAGUAGUAGACAGACGCAGAUCGGACUAGAUGCGUUCGAUCCCAGCACGUUCGACCCGUCCUCUGCAGCAUCGUGGGAAGCGCUGGGGACCGCCUGGGCGGUCACUCACGGCUACUUACCGUCCGAAGCGGAACUGAUCCAAUACACUUUCGGGACGGGACUGAUGGGAGCCUUUCCCGUACCUAACCAGUUCAUGACGGCACAAAUGGGACAGUGGGCUGGGUCGGAGGAGUAUUGGCAGCAGCCACAGCAGUCUACGGGGGAAACUUGGCAGGGAGAUAGGGAAAUGCGCGGACGAGGGGACAAAGAAGAGGGUUAUCAUGAAUACGGCAACAGCCGAAAUGCGGAGGGGACACGGGCUUAUGAGGUGCAGAACACAGGAACGAUCGCGCAUGGCAGUGAAGAUCCCGAAACGAGUCCUACUGGGCAGCCACUGCCCAAUGCAGACUCGAUCGCGGUUGACCCUCGGCGGGCCAAGACGGGCGAGGCGCAGGCGAUGGACAAUGGCAUGGGAGAGGGAACGGGCACGGGCGCAGGGCGGAUGCAGAAAGUGGGCGACAAAUGGGUCUUCGUCCGGACUGGAGCAACAGAGGUAUCAUAGCGCGACAUAACGGUAUAUGGAUGAGAGUCAGUAGCGUUUAUAGUGGAUCAAUUUGGUUCCACGCUGUUUUCGUGUACUGUUUCGUCUAGCUCGUAAUCAUACCCGUUUUCCAUUCGUGAAAG